AAGUCCUUAUUGGGAAGUGUUUGAGUUCACGUAGAGAUUGGGGAGAUGGUAGGACCAAGAAGAAAGUUGUUUGCAAGGUGUUUGACAAUAUGCGAAACAGAAGGAAGAAUAUGAUCUGCAUAUAAUCUUUUCUUUCAUAGUUGAGCAGUUAUGAGAGGUAUUCUCUUCAUACUUCUUCUGAACUCACUGCAGCUUCUUCGCCCUGCUGCUCCAUUUCCUUUAUGCACAAAUUCAAGGCCUCCAUUUGCCCAAAACUCCCCUCUGGAGUUCUGCACUUAUAGUGGACCUUCAUGCUGCACCUCUGCUGAUGACUCGCGCCUCCACAAGCAGUUUCAGGCAAUGAACAUCUCAGAUUCUGUCUGUGCUGCUAUUUUUAAAUCUAUUCUAUGCGCGGAAUGCAACAAAUUUUCGGCAGAGCUUUACAAAAUUAGUUCUUUUCCUCGACAAGUUCCUAUUCUCUGCAAUUCCUCAUCUUCAGGAACCUCAAAUAAAACUAGCCAAGAUGCAAGCAACUUUUGUUCAGAAGUAUGGAAUUCAUGCCAAAAUGUUUCUGUAAUGAACUCACCAUUUGCUGCUUCCUUAAAGGGUCGAAAUCCAUCACCUCUAGUAUCUAAUUUUACAAAACUAAGAGAUUUCUGGAAGUCAGAAACCGAUUUCUGCCAUGCGUUUGGAGGAGCCUCUGUUGAUGAAUCACUAUGCUUUGACGGUGGAUCAAUCAUUCUAAAUAGCACUGAGCCUCCAAGUCCUCCAAGUGGGCUGUGCCUUGAGAGAAUAGCAAAUGGGUCUUACCUUGAUAUGGCUGCUCACCCCGAUGGCUCGAAUCGUGCCUUUUUUGCUAGCCAGCAAGGAAAAAUUUGGUUAGCUACCAUUCCCAAAGUUGAUUCAGGAGGCUUAUUAGAGCUUGAUGAAGCGAGUCCUUUUCUGGAUAUAAGUGACCAAGUUUACUUCAAUUCUGAAUUAGGAAUGAUGGGCAUUGCGUUUCAUCCCAAAUUCUCCCAAAAUGGACGGCUCUUUGUUUCAUUCAACUGUGAUAAGCAACAGUCGCCUGGAUGUGGAGGAAGAUGCGCUUGUAACUCAGACGUAAACUGUGACCCUUCAAAACUUCCUCCAGAUAGCGGUGCCCAACCAUGCCAGUACCAAGCUGUAAUAGCUGAAUUUACAGUUAAUGGGACAUCAUCGCAACCUUCACAGGCAAAAAUUGCUAAUGCCAAAGAAGUGAGAAGGAUAUUUACAAUGGGCCUUCCAUUUUUGUCUCAUCAUGGAGGCCAGAUUCUUUUUGGACCUACAGAUGGAUAUUUGUACUUCAGUAUGGGGGAUGGUGGAGGUUUGGGGGAUCCAUACAACUUUGCCCAAAACAAAAAUACACUGCUGGGAAAGAUUAUCAGGCUUGAUAUUGAUACUAUACCAAGUGCAACAGAAGUCAUGAAACUUGGUCUAUGGGGAAAUUAUUCUAUCCCCAAGGAUAAUCCUUAUGCUGAAGACAAAGAACUGCAGCCAGAAAUAUGGGCCCUAGGACUACGAAAUCCUUGGCGGUGUAGUUUUGAUUCAUCAAGGCCAUCCUACUUCAUGUGUGCAGAUGUUGGGCAGGAUCGAUAUGAAGAGGUAAAUAUCAUCACGAAGGGUGGGAAUUAUGGGUGGCGUGUUUACGAGGGCCAGUAUCCAUACACUCCUCCAAAGUCACCUGGAGGAAAUACAUCUGCCAACUCUAUAAAUCCACUGUUUCCAGUAAUGGGAUACAAUCACUCUGAAGUACAUAACAAUGAAGGUUCUGCAUCAAUCACUGGUGGAUACUUCUAUCGUUCCACAACCGAUCCUUGCAUGUAUGGAAGGUAUCUGUAUGCAGAUCUUUACGCAGGUGGUAUAUGGGCAGGCACUGAAAAUCCCCGGGGCAGUGGAGUCUUCAACACCAGCGAGAUCCCUUUUUCCUGUUCUCGCGAUUCUCCAAUCAACUGUACCUUAGUUCCGGGAAGCUCAGUUCCUGCUCUGGGCUACAUUUUCUCGUUUGGAGAAGAUAACAACAAGGACAUGUACAUAUUAGCAAGUAGCGGCGUUUACAGAGUCGUUCCUCCUAGUCGAUGCAAGUAUAUCUGCUCCAAGGAAAACGGUACUUCCACCAUUGUUUCACCUUCUCCUCCUUCCUCUCCCUCAGGAGUAACCCUCUCUGCAGUCCUUUAUAACAACCUGGUACUGCUGCUACUAACUCUCUACUUUCUGUUAGUCUGUUGAUCUGCUUUGAAUUUUGUUCUCUUCUCUUUAAACUAUUCUGCCCCUGCACCCUCAAAGACCUCAGCUUUAGAUUCAAUUCUUGUUCUUUCAAAUGUAAACAAACAAAUAGAUAAAUCUAUGAAUUGCAUUUUUGGCUA